UGAAACAAAUUUGUGUUCAUGAAGAAUGACUGCAUACAAACCACAAUAUGUCAAGAGAAAAAAGAUCCAAUAGAACUGUUUCAUUCUGGGCAGCUGGUAAAAGUCUCCGCCCCAAUGGUUCGAUAUUCAAAGUUAGCUUUUAGAACACUGGUAAGAAAGUACAAUUGUGAUCUGUGCUACACACCAAUGAUAGUGGCUGCUGAUUUUGUCAGAUCCGAAAAAGCCAGAGACAGUGAAUUUACCACAAACCAAGGUGAUUGCCCAUUAAUUGUUCAGUUUGCUGCUAAUGAUGCAAGACUUUUAUCUGAUGCUGCUCGUUUAGUCUGUCCUUAUGCGAAUGGAAUAGACAUUAACUGUGGUUGCCCUCAGAGGUGGGCAAUGGCUGACGGUUAUGGAGCUUGCUUAAUAAACAAGCCAGAGCUUGUUCAAGAUAUGGUGAAACAAGUAAGAAAUCAAGUGGAAAAUCCCAGAUUUUCAGUAUCUAUUAAAAUAAGGAUCCAUGAUGAUCUUGCAAGAACUGUGGAUCUUUGUCGAAAGGCUGAAGCAACGGGAGUUUCCUGGAUUACAGUCCAUGGAAGAACUGUUGAAGAAAGACAUCAGCCAGUUCACUAUGAAGCCAUUAAAAUAAUUAAGGAAAAUAUGUCUAUACCUGUUAUUGCUAAUGGAGACAUCAGAAGCUUAAAAGAAGCAGAAAAAGUGUGCCAUAUUACUGGGACAGAUGGUGUGAUGGUUGCAAGAGGACUCUUAGCAAACCCAGCCAUGUUUGCUGGAUAUGAGGAAACCCCCCUGAAAUGUAUCUGGGAUUGGGUUGACCUUGCUCUUGAACUUGGAACUCCGUACAUGUGUUUCCAUCAACAUUUAAUGUACAUGAUGGAAAAGAUAACUUCAAGGCAAGAAAAAAGAGUAUUUAAUGCUUUGUCAAGCACAUCAGCAGUCUUAGAUUACCUUACGGACCAUUAUGGGAUGUGAUUGGACUUCCUAAGUUGUUUUAAUAUGUACUUUAAAGGAAUUGUGUUUUUAACAUUUUUAAAUAAAUUUUUUUAUUUUAAUACUAAAAGUAUGACUCAUUAUCUGUAAGUUAACAUGAAGUAUGUUUUUAAUAAGAAAAAGUGCAGAGAAAUGACAAAACAAAUGCCAACCUCUGUAAAAUGAAAAGGAACAAGACAUUCUAUAUAGAAUGCAUUCAGGGCUUAGAUUAAAAGUUCAAAUUGAAAA